AUGACAGAACCUCCAACGAAACGGGCUCGCCGUACAGACAGCUCUGCCAUGUGGGAUAUGAAUGACAAGCAAGCGCGGUAUUCAGAACCAGAUACGGAUUACGAUCGAUCCUCACGGCGGGAGCCAGCAAGCAGGGAGGAGCGGAACGGUACGCGAGAGAAUCGCCGCUAUCGCUCUCGUUCGAGAGAAAGAGUUGAAAGAAGACGUGAAAGGAGCAGGUCAAGGGAGGCUUAUCACCGAGACAGAAAUGGCAGAAGGGACAGAGACGGACGAGGUGCAAGGGACAGGGAAAGAAGCACGAGUAGGGACAAAUACCAUGGUCGAAGAGGGUAUCCGUCAAAACCAGAUAGAAAUUAUGAUCGGUCUCGAUCGCCUGGGCGCAAUGGCGCGAAGGCUCGUUCUAGGACACCUCCACGGGGUCCUCGCAUGGAUCGAAGGGACGAUCGUAGAGACGGCAAAUUACGAGAGGAUGCACGGCAUACUAAUGGUGUAUCUGAGCCAAAAAGGCCUUCGCGGGUAACCGAUGGAGAUGAUGAGAUGGAUAUCGACGUGCUGGACAGCGAGGACCCAGACGAUCUCGAAGCGCUUAUGCGUAAGACUAUGGGUUUCACCAGGUUCCGAAGCACGCAAAACACGAAAGUCCCGGGAAACGACGUUUAUGGUGUGCGCAAAGAGAAGAAGACAGAAUACCGACAAUACAUGAACCGAACCGGCGGUUUCAACAGACCUCUCAGUCCUGGCCCCCGCAUCUGCACUGGCACCCCGCGUCCCUCUGUCAACGCGUGCAACGGAGUAGAUAAUACUGACAGAUAUUCUCCAGGAGGCGGGAUUAUUGGAUGCUGUUCUGCCUACUUCCUGACGAGACAUCCCUCAUAUGACCCUGCGCGCCACAAAAUUACAAUCUUAGAAGCUACGGAGAUCGCAGGGGGAGCCUCUGGAAAGGCCGGCGGCCUCUUGGCACUAUGGGCGUAUCCAAGCAACAUCGUGCCACUGAGCUACAAACUGCAUGCCCAACUGGCUGAAGAACAUGGAGGCAAGGCGAGAUGGGGUUACAGAGAAGUCCACUGUGGUCAAGUGGUCGCCAACGGACGUCCCCUAAGCGAUAAGUCCAAGGACAUGGCAGGAGCCAAAGUGGGAGGGAGUUCCGUGUCUCUACAAAAACGUCAAGAAACCGCGAAAGGACAAUUGAGAGCUGCUGGCGUCCCUAGUGACUUGGACUGGCUCGUCCCCGAUCUUGUAAGGGGUUAUGAAAGCAUGAGCGGGCCUGGGGAGACGGCUCAGGUUCAUCCAUAUCUCUUCACCACCUCGAUGGCGAAACUUGCUGAGGAAAAAGGAGCCAAAGUCGUAUUGGGUUCUGUAACCAACAUCGAUCGCACCGUGGAUGGUGUGAAGUCAGUUACCUACACAGAGAAAGACAGCGGAGAGUCUCGCACAAUUCCUGCAACAGAUGUGCUUAUAGCCGCUGGCCCGUGGACUCGAGGUGUCUUUCCGCCAGCACCUAUCUCAGCAGUACGCGCCCAUAGCGUUGUUAUCCGCCCUACGAGACCUGUUUCUGCGUAUACGCUAUUCACCAACAUCUCGCUGCCUGCUGGAUUCGACGGGUCUAAGAAGCGAGCCAAUGUGGUCACACCUGAGAUCUAUGCUCGUCCUGAUGGUACUGUUUACGCUUGCGGUGAAGGAGACCGAAUUGUACCGCUCCCAAAGACGACCGCAGAUGUGCAGGUGGACAAUUCACGAUGCCAGGAUAUCAUUGAUUCGGUGGGGAGCAUUUCUGAUGAGCUCAGAGGGGGUGAGGUCUCCGUGUGUCAAGCGUGUUACCUGCCGAACGUAGAUGCAAUGGGAGGAGGACCAUUGAUCGGACACACUGGCAUUAAAGGACUAUAUAUUGCAGCCGGCCACACAUGCUGGGGCAUCCAGAACGCCCCGGCUACUGGAAAGCUCAUGAGCGAGUUUGUGUUCGAUGGCAAGGCGAAGAGCGCUAAGAUCGCAUCGUUAGACCCCCAGAACUACCUGUAA